AAUCAAGAAUCCAAACUAAGCGACCAGAGCAAGAACGUGAGUCUUGGUGAAGCGCCUCUUCCAAUCACAACAAGCAUCCGAGUACGUUUAGACGUACCAGCAAAGGAAUUUAAUGGUAAGUCAAACUGACUCUAGUCAGUCUCUUAACAUUCCUCUAAACUAGGAAACCUUAACUAAACUUAAUUAAUACUGGAUAGCCCCGUCACAGUUCUAAGCUGUACUCCCUAGAGGUGCAGACAGGAAAAAAUCCAAACUAAAUUAACUCUAUUCAAACUGGAUAGUUUUAAGCUGUUCUCCCCGGAGGUUUAGUAAGGAUCAUCACGUAUUGAUCCAGUUUUAUUACUGGAGGAAACCUAAACUAUACUAACUUUAUAAUAGUUUUGUUUGUGGAAACACCACGUAAAUUUAUUAGCACUGAUGAAGAUCCGGGCUUACGGAUCGAAAGCUUUGCAGUAAUAAAUUUACGUGGUGUUUCCACAAACAAAACUAUUAUAUGUUUUAUCGCCAUGCAAACAUACAAAUAACUUAUACUAACUUUAUUUAUACUGGAUAGCUCUAUCAAUCCUAAACUGUUUUCCCUAGAGAUCUAGUAAGGUCAUGGCCUUAGUGCAUUUUAAUAUCAAAUACUUUGUAUUUUGUUUAGAAUGGGUGGAGUUCACUCCAUUUGAGUACGGUAUGGCCAAGUAUGGUGUGUUUGGAAAGAUCGAAGAAUUUGGUGGGAAAUUUUAUAAAGGACAAUUGGUAAAGAAAUUUGAAGAACCUCCAUUGUCUUAUUUGCAAGGUAAUUUUACAGAAAAAGAGUUUUUACGAAGUGUAGACCCUAAGCAACACAUUGUCGAAUUUUACAGAAAAAAUCUUACUUAUCACUUAACCCCCGUCUCCAAGGGAGAUUGCAUAACUUUUCAGGGGAGUUGCAAAAAAAUCUCAGGGGUGGUGCGUACUUCCUCACACCCCUCCUCAAAAUCCGGACAUGAUUUUUAACUGCAGUUUAAUUGCAAUUAUACCAAACCGCUAUCAAGCCACGGUUAUUUAUUACUUUAUAAUCUCUUUCCACCACUUAUUUAACUAAUAAUUAUAAGUGAUAGCAUGGCAUUCAGGGCGAUUAGUGAUUACAUUAAAUGUACCCGAAAGCCGAGAGAAUCGACCGUAAUGCCAUGCUAUCACUUUGCAAUAUCAUAGCUACUGAGACAAUAAAACGGUUUCAUUCGAUUGCAUAAGUUGAAAUGAAAAGGCGCGUUUGCUCUGACUAUUGGGAUGUUCGUUAAUGAGGUUACGGUUGAUUUUUCAUGUAUGUUAAAUAUUUAAUUGAACAUCAAUACAGUAUAAUAUAUCCAUAAAGAUGAGGGACGAUUAAUAACUAAUCGUCCCGUGGGAUGAUUAGUUUCUAAUCGUCCCUCAUGUUUUAGCAAUGAGGUAAAUUAGUCAUUAAUCGUCCCUCGCGAAACAAAGGAUUUCGAGGUAGCUAUGACAUUAUUGUAACUUAUAUAUUAUUGUAAUCAUUCUAGGAAUAUGGGGCAGUGUGUUUGCUAUAAUCCUAGCGGCGAAGUAUGGUAAGAAGGAUCAGUCUGAAAAUGAAGACCUUACCGUGAAGGCUCAGUCUGAAAAUGAAGUCCAAAAAAAUCUGGUAAAUAUUUUUUUGGUUUAUUGGGAUUUUCAUAUUAAACGGCUCUCGUGGCGUUUUCAGAUGAAGUCAAAUACCUUAUAUUUUUGUUUGCAUUACAGAGAAAGUCGCUCUUGAAGCAGCAGGUCAAUGUAAGACUGAAGAUGACGAUAGUGAGGACGAGAAAGAUGGAGUACUUGAAGAUGAAGUGGACGGUAUGAAAUGUCUCUGCUACACACGUAAAAACGCACUGUUACGCACAAGUUCCAACAACUUGUCAACAGGAUGUGUUCGCAUUGCUUGUUCCCAGUUUGUUGACAAGUUAUCAACGGCUUGGUGACAACUUGCUACAAAGUUGUUGAGCUCAACAGGCUUGUUACAAGUCAGGGAUGGAUCCAGCAUGAUCUGGUAG